UCUUUAUUUAUUUAUAUGAAAAAUUCGAAGCAGUUUUGUUUUGAUACUCAAUCCUGUUAAGAAUAUAUAAGUAAUCAGUUAUUGAUUGUUGAAGAUUUGAAAAUCAUUUAGAAACAUGGUAGUAGACAAAUCUACCACCACUAAUGCCUUAGAGCAGUUUGUCGUUUUAGCUAAAUCGGCAAAAGGGGCUGCCUGUGUCGAAUUAGUCAAACAAGCCCUAGAAGCCCCAGGAGUUUAUGUUUUUGGAGAGCUUUUGGACAGUCCCAAUGUUGCAGAUCUGUUAAACACACACAAAAUUUAUUUAAGUACUUUGAAUUUGUUUGCCUAUGGUACAUACAAAGACUAUUUGGCAAAUCCCCAGGAUUUUAUGCAGCUAUCCCCUGCUCAGAAAAAGAAGUUGCAACAUCUUACCAUUGUUACCCUUGCCACCAAGUCUAAGUGCAUUCCCUAUGACGUUCUGCUUAAGGAAUUAGAAAUAAAAAAUGUAAGAGAUUUAGAAGACUUAAUAAUAGAGGCAAUUUAUGCAGAUAUAAUCCAUGGAAAGCUAGACCAAAAAAACAGUCAACUAGAAGUGGACUAUGCCAUUGGCCGAGAUAUAAGGCCAGAAGAUAUAAAUACUAUUGUUAAUUGUUUGCAAGAUUGGUCUUCUGCUUGUGACAAGGUUUUACACUGUGUGGAAAGUCAGAUCUGUAGGGCCAAUUCUGAGAAGAGUUCCGCUAUGUUAAGGCAGUUGGAGAUUGAGCAAGAAAUAGUCAAUAUAAAGAAAACAUUAAAAACACAACUUCAGGAAAGGUCAGACGGGACAGAUGAACUUAUGGUGGUUGAUAGUAGAGAAGCGGCUUCUAGUGGUGAUAAAGGGAAAAAGGGACAGAAAGUUGCCAAAGGUUUAAAGAUUCUUCGUUAAAAUUAGACGACUAUCAUUCAUGAGAUCACCCACGCUAUGUUUUUGUUUUUAAUUUUAGUAUGCUGUACUUUUUAUAAAUUAGUUUUCACUAAAUAAAUCACGCAUUGUAGAA